AGUUUGACUUCACAUUUGCACACCGGACUUUGAAUUAUUCCCAGACUCCGUCGUUCUCUGGGGAUUUGUGUGUUUGCAGAGUGCAGUGUGUGACUGAUCUCCUUCUGUGCAAGUUGACAGUGUUGAAGGACAUUAUCAUCAUCAUAAGCAUGAUGGAAGCCCGUCCGUCCUGGGACAGUCCUAUGCAGUUUGUCCUGGCGUGUGUGUCUUAUGCAGUGGGACUUGGGAAUGUGUGGCGUUUUCCGUAUCUCUGCCAAAUGCAUGGAGGAGGUGGGUUUCUGAUCCCGUAUCUGCUGAUGCUGGUGCUGGAGGGGAUUCCUCUGUUCUGCAUGGAGCUGGCCAUCGGGCAGAAGAUGCGUCUGGGGAGCAUCGGAGCGUGGACCGCCAUCAGCCCGUAUCUGGGUGGACUGGGCAUUGCCAGUGUUGUGACUUCCAUGUACUUGUGUCUGUACUACAACGUCAUCAACGCAUGGAGCUUCUGGUAUCUCUUCCAUUCAUUUCAGUCAGUGCUGCCCUGGGCCGAGUGUCCCGUCAACAGUAACCGGACGGGGUAUCUGGAGGAGUGUGAGGUGGCUUCACCCACACAGUACUUCUUCUACCGCGAGACGCUGAACAUCUCGUCCUCCAUCGAUGAGAACGGAGGCAUUCACAUGGGCCAGGCGCUGUGUCUCCUGCUGGCCUGGAUCAUAGUCUACCUGUUCAUCGUCCGAGGGGUCAAAUCUACCGGAAUGGUCGUGUAUUUCACAGCUACGUUUCCAUACGUGGUCCUGAUCAUCUAUCUGAUCCGAGGGGUCACUCUUCACGGGGCCUGGAACGGAGUGAAGUACUUGUUCACACCCAAGCUGGAGCAGUUGGCAAACCCUCAAACAUGGAUCAACGCUGCCACCCAGAUCUUCUUCUCUCUGGGAUUGGGCUUCGGCUCUUUGAUCGCUUUUGCCAGUUACAACCACCACAACAAUAACUUCGAGAGGCAGGCCGUGGUCGUGUCGCUCAUUAACAGCGGCACGUCUGUGUUCGCCAGCAUCGUGACCUUCGCCAUCUACGGCUUUAAAGCCACCUUCAACUACGAAAGCUGUUUGGAAAGGAUGAGGCUGUUACUGCUCAACACAUUCGAUCUGUCUGAGGACACCAUCAGCGUUGAGAACGUCAGCUCUUGGAUCAGUCAUUUGAACUACACUCAUCCUGAGAGGUUUGCGGCCAUCGCUUCAAAGAUCGAAGACUGCAGUCUAGAGGCGGAACUAGACACGGCGGUGGAGGGCACCGGUCUGGCGUUUAUCGUGUACAGCGAGGCCAUUAAGAACAUGCCUCUGUCUCAGCUGUGGUCUGUGCUGUACUUCAUCAUGCUGCUGCUGUUAGGGAUGGGGAGCAUGCUGGGAAACGUCACGGCCAUCAUCACUCCACUGGGAGACCUCAAGUUUCUGUCACGCACACUCAGCAACGAGACCAUCAACGGUCUGGUCUGUCUUUUCUGUCUACUUCUGGGUUUCGGCUUCACCAGCCGUUCGGGCAACUACUGGUUCACCAUCUUCAAUGAAUACGCCGCAACAUUUUCUCUGCUCUUCAUCGUCCUCAUUGAAGUCGUCAGUGUGUGUUACGUCUAUGGAUUGAGAAGGUUUGAAAAAGACAUCGAGGACAUGUUGGGGCAUCGGCCGAACUGGUACUGGAAGCUGAUGUGGGCCGUGAUCAGUCCCGUGCUCCUCAUCAGCCUCUUCAUCUUCUACAUCAUUAACUACAUCCAGGGCGGGACACCCACAUACCAGGCCUGGGACAAAGAUCUGGGUAAGUCGGUGGUGAAGGAGUAUCCUCUGUACGGCCAGGUCUUCAUCGUUCUUCUGCUGGUGUCUUCGGUCAGCUGUGUCCCGAUCUCGGCUCUCUACGCCUUCUGUCGGAGGAAGAAGCGAGGAACACCUGUCCCUCAGCAAACACUCAACACAGAGUCCCCCGCCAUCUAAACUCAGACUCUGGCGAAACAGACAGGUUUGGGACCAGCUGGAGAAACCAUAUAUUUCUAUAUCUGACUGAUGCUGGCGUUCACGUGUCAUGAAUACUUACAGGUAGCUAUUAGGACUAAAACAUUUUUACAUUCACAUUUCCUACCUACAGAAAAUAUGAACUUUUUUAUUCUUACGGCAACAAUAUAUCAUAUGAUUAUAUGAACUGAUUAAUAAGUCAAAAAUUAUAUGAACUGCAGAUACAUUUCCAAACACUGAAUGUCUGGACUGUGAACUACAGCAAAUGCAGUAUGAAAUGGUGUAAAACUAUGUGUAAAUAACUUUGUAAUAUUUUAGUAGUAAAUUAAAUUUUGUAAAUGUCAAAUCACAAUAUUUUGUAUGCCUAAUGAACAAAUGAAUGAACGUUUCCCCUGUUUCAUUAUUUUCUCAUCUUGAUAUAUAUAUAUAUAUAUAUAUAUAUAUUAUAGAGAGUGAGAGACAGAUGUGGUGUAUUUGGAGAAAUAAGAUAUCUAUAUUCUGAGGAAUAUCAGUGAAUUAUUGAUAAUAAUCUUAAUAUUUUUCUUGCCAAAACAUAAAUUGUAUGUUUAAUUGGGCUCAAUUGAGUUGAAGUCCUGAUGAACUGUUUUUCUUGUUUGCCUGCAUGCACGUAAAGAAAUGUAUCUUACUGUACACAGAAUCAUAUCAAAGCACAUUAUAGUCUUGAACUUGGAGUGUUUUACAUUAGCUUUUUUUGUUUGCGUUCUCCUUUUAUAUUUCUGUAGCCUUUCUGUAAUAUUUACUUUAUUGGUCAUCAGCAUCUUGAAUUUUGAAAAUGCAUGGAUUCAAAUAGGCCUAAACAAAGGCUGUGCCGGUAAAUUAAUCACAUUAAUAAACAAAAACAAGCUGAAAUAAAUGUCUAGAUUUACAAUGUUGCUGAACGUUCAAAGACAUGCAUUUUCAUGUUUCAUAUUGUUUCUAGGCAUUAAAGGGGUGGUAAAAUGCCAUUUUCACAAGAUGUAAAUAAAUCUGAUGUCCCCAGA